AAAAAAUAAAAUAAAUAAACGAAGCAGGAAAAUUAAGGAAGAAGGAAAUAAAAGGAGAAAAUGGAAGUCCAUUUCCAUGGUCAUAGGAGGGAGGUAGGAGGAGAAAUGGAGAAGAAGGCAAGGACGCCAGAUAUGGACAUGGGGGGAUUGAAUUGAGAAUUGAUUGCGCACAAAAUAAUAUGCAUAGUUUUGUUUUUAAUUCCUCACCAUUUUUAUUAGAUUUUUAGAAAUGGAAACAACUUAGAAAACUCCGUAAACGCCCCCUCCUUCCUUCCUUCCUUCCUUCCUCCCUCACCUCUCUUCUUCUUAGUUCUUCCCUCUUCCCAAUCGCUGCCGAUUCGUUUAUUUCUGUCUUUCCCUUUUCGUUUAUUUCUAAUCUCUCCCUUUCCUUCUCCCUCUUCCUUCGUGUUUCUUUCACCUUUCUGUAUACUGAUGCCCAAUACCCUGUUUCAACUUCCCUUUCUCGGUGGCCAUCAUUAUAAUUGUUCAGUUUCGAAUCUUUUCAGCGAUUAGCAAUUGGCCCAGAUCAGUUCUGCCACCAACUAGUAGCAGCGAUGAGAAUUCAUAACAGGCAUAAAUCAAAGCACUAGGUCAGCUGAUUAGAAUUGGAGCCAAUCGUGAAUUCGUGAUGGUUAGUUUUAGGGUAAUUUCAGAGUUUUGGUUGCUGAUUUUCACGUAUCAGGGAAUGAUUCCUUCCUUAGAAAUCCGAUUCUUAAAGAUGUCUUUUAUUCAACCUUACGUUUCUGGUUCCUAAAAUUUCCACUUGCAAGAUACUGAAGAAGACUCCCUUUUUCCGUAUUGUCUUUGGCAGGAAGCUAAACGAGUCAAGACUCAAGAGUCUUCAUCAGUCCUUUGUUUCCUAGAAAACACUACAAGGUUCAAUUUUUUUUUUAAUAAAAACUCCAGCUUGUUUGAGCUGUGGUUGAUAUUGGGAUAACAACAAACCCUGUAGCUCCCUGCAUUCUGGGAACUCAGUAGUUGUUAUAUCCGCAAAGACAUGGCCGGGGUACAAGAUCAGUUAGAGAUCAAAUUUCGAUUGACAGAUGGAUCAGAUAUUGGUCCCAAAAGCUUUCCUACUGCUGCAAGUGUUGCAACUUUGAAGGAAACCGUUCUUGCUCAAUGGCCUAAAGAGAAAGAGAAUGGUCCACGAACGGUGAAAGAUGUGAAGUUGAUAAGUGCAGGAAGGAUAUUGGAGAAUACACGAACCAUAGGGGAAUGCCGCAGUCCUCUAUGUGAUGUUCCUGGUGGGGUCACAACCAUGCAUGUAGUUGUUCAACCACCAUCAACAGAGAAAGCAGAUAAGAAAGCAGCUCAUCUACCAAAACAAAACAAGUGUGUUUGCGUCAUUUUAUAAUUGGCAACGGUAAAGCAGAAAGAACAGCCAGAUUUCCAGGUAAAAUAGACAUUGGAGCUGUUACAGAUGAACAUUUAUGUGAAUUGGUUUUGAGGGGGGCAUUGGGGUCAUCAGGAGGGUGCAUUUGUCACAGCUCACAGGGUCUUUUACUUGAGGCGCAAGUCUUUGCUUCCUACAGAGAAACAGUUGUGUGUGUCUCGCUGUCAAUUCAGUAUACAAUGAUUGUGAUAAUGUGGGGGGAAAUGAAUUGGAUUUACACUUGUAUGCAAUCUAACUACGACCGACAGUUUUUUCCUUUUUUGUGGUCAAGUCACUUUCUCAUUGAUGCACUGUCCGUACGACGGUUUUGGGUUCUUUCCAAAACCAGUACCCAAAUUCAUUUCGGCUGUUGGAAGAGUUAUAUGGUUGAAUCUGAUUUAGGAUGCAUCUUUUUCAGGUAACAUUUCAAUUAAUGCAAAGCAAUAUAUGGAGCUGCGAGUUCACGUUUUAAGUGUGGUUAGCAAACG